AGAGGGGGAAGGCUUCCCUUUGCCAGGCUCGCCCGGGUCUGCAGGCGCUGCUGGAGGCAGCGGCUUCUCCAGCUCCUGGCUGCUGUGGUCGCUGCUGCUGUGACUCUCAAGCUAGAGAUGCUUCUCAGUGCCGCGCCGCGCUGAGGCCAAGCGAGCACCCGGGGCUGUGCUCCACUCCGCACAUCCUUGAUCUCAUCCUGGGAGCUGACAGCCUACUGGAAACCCCUCUGAGUCGCGCUGCCCAGUGCACCCGAGCGCUCGCCCGCAGUGGCUACAGCAGCAUCGCUGGACACAUAGCUCUCCGGUUCUCUCCUGCAGGCUCAGUGCUCUCCAGAUUUCCCCCACGCGUCCUUUGGUGAUUUUUUUUUUUCCAGAAGAGAGGGCGGGGUAGGUGUCAGUCCCCUCCUCUCUCUCUCACCCCUCCUAUUCCUCCUCGGUUUGAAUUUCUUCCCCUGGCAUUUCACUGGCUCGCAGAGCAAGAGACCAGACCCACACAGAAGGGAAAACAAGGCUGUGCCUCCCCUGCUACUGCCAGCCCAGAAUUGGAACCUGGAGGGGGUGAGGGGAGAGGAAACCAAGCAGGAGGAGCUUGGUUUCCUCUCGCAUCUGAGGACAGACCAGCUCCUUUCAAGAACCCCACUGUGAGGCGAACUGCAUCUCCGCAGCGAGCUUUUGGAGUACCGCUGGCCCGGAGGCAAAGGAUGGUGGUGUCUAGGAGAGCAGGCUGCAGGGCAGCGCUCUCGCUCUGGAUUCUCAGCAGCUUCAUCUGCAGAGCCUGGAUGGCUCCCUCCACGUUCCAAAAAUGUGAUGAGCCGCUCAUCUCUGGGCUUCACCACACGUCCUUCAGCAGCUCCUCCUCCCUGUCCAGCAGCUAUUCACCUGGCUAUGCCAAGAUCAACAAGCGAGGAGGUGCUGGGGGAUGGUCUCCAUCAGACAGUGACCACUAUCAAUGGCUUCAGGUUGAUUUCGGCAACCGGAAGCAGAUCAGUGCCAUUGCAACCCAAGGAAGGUAUAGCAGUUCCGACUGGGUGACACAGUAUCGGAUGCUCUACAGUGACACAGGAAGAAACUGGAAACCUUAUCAUCACGAUGGGAAUAUCUGGGCUUUUCCUGGAAAUGUCAAUUCUGACAGUGUGGUCCGGCAUGACCUGCAGCAUGCCAUUGUUGCCCGUUACGUCCGCAUCGUACCCCUCGACUGGAAUGGAGAAGGCCACAUAGGUCUGCGUGCAGAAGUCUACGGCUGCUCUUACUGGGCUGACGUUAUCAACUUUGAUGGUCAUGUUGUGUUACCCUACCGAUUCAGAAACAAGAAGAUGAAAACACUCAAAGAUGUCAUUGCUUUGAAAUUCAAGACCUCGGAAAGUGAAGGAGUAAUCUUGCAUGGUGAAGGCCAGCAAGGGGAUUAUAUUACUUUGGAAUUGAAAAAAGCCAAGCUGGUCCUCAGUUUAAAUCUAGGAAGCAACCAGCUUGGCCCCAUCUAUGGCCACACAUCCGUGACAUCAGGGAGCCUGCUGGAUGAUCACCACUGGCACUCUGUGCUCAUUGAGCGCCAGGGACGCAGCAUUAACCUGACCCUGGACAGGAGCAUGCAGCAUUUCCGCACCAAUGGAGAGUUUGACUACCUGGACUUGGACUAUGAGAUAACAUUUGGAGGCGUACCUUUCUCUGGCAAGCCAAGUUCCAGUAAUAGGAAGAGCUUUAAGGGAUGCAUGGAAAGCAUCAACUACAAUGGUGUCAACAUCACUGAUCUUGCCCGGAGGAAAAAAUUAGAGCCAUCAAAUGUGGGGAAUCUGAGUUUCUCUUGUGUGGAGCCCUACACAGUACCAGUCUUCUUCAAUGCUACAAGCUACCUGGAGGUGCCUGGCAGACUUAAUCAGGACCUGUUCUCAGUCAGUUUCCAGUUCAGGACUUGGAACCCCAGUGGUCUCCUGCUCUUCAGUCACUUUGCAGAUAACUUAGGCAAUGUGGAGAUUGACCUUGUGGAGAGCAAAGUGGGCGUCCACAUCAACACCACACAGAUCAAGACAAGCCAAAUCGACAUCUCCUCAGGCUCUGGGCUGAAUGAUGGGCAGUGGCAUGAGGUUCGCUUUCUGGCCAAGGAAAACUUCGCAGUUCUUACCAUUGAUGGAGACGAAGCAUCAGCAGUUCGGACCAAUAGUCCUCUUCAAGUGAAGACUGGCGAGAAGUACUUCUUUGGAGGAUUUUUGAACCAUGUGAACAAUGCCAGCUACUCCGUCCUGCAGCCAUCAUUCCAAGGAUGCAUGCAGCUCAUUCAGGUAGAUGAUCAGCUUGUCAAUUUGUACGAAGUGGCACAGAGGAAGCCCGGAAGCUUUGCGAAUGUCACCAUUGACAUGUGUGCCAUCAUAGACAGAUGUGUGCCCAAUCACUGUGAGCAUGGUGGGAAGUGCUCGCAAACAUGGGACAGCUUCAAAUGCACUUGUGAUGAGACAGGAUACAGCGGGGCCACCUGCCACAACUCCAUCUACGAGCCCUCCUGCGAAGCAUAUAAACACCUCGGCCAGACAUCAAAUUACUACUGGAUAGAUCCUGAUGGCAGUGGACCUCUGGGGCCUCUGAAGGUUUAUUGCAACAUGACAGAGGACAAGGUGUGGACCAUAGUGUCUCACGACUUACAGAUGCAGACGACAGUGGUAGGCUACAACCCAGAAAAGUAUUCGGUGACACAGCUCAUCUACAGUGCCUCCAUGGACCAGAUCAGUGCCAUCACCAGCAGCGCCGAAUACUGUGAGCAGUACGUCUCCUACUUCUGCAGGAUGUCCAGGUUGUUGAACACUCCAGAUGGAAGUCCUUACACGUGGUGGGUUGGCAAAGCCAAUGAGAAGCACUACUACUGGGGGGGCUCAGAGCCUGGAAUCCAGAAGUGUGCCUGUGGCAUCGAGCGCAACUGCACAGAUCCCAAGUACUACUGCAACUGUGACGCAGACUACAAGCAGUGGAGGAAGGAUGCUGGCUUCUUAUCCUACAAAGAUCACCUGCCUGUGAGCCAGGUGGUGGUUGGAGAUACUGACCGGCAAGGCUCAGAAGCCAAGCUGAGCGUGGGUCCUCUGCGCUGCCAAGGAGACAGAAAUUAUUGGAAUGCCGCCUCCUUCCCAAAUCCAUCAUCAUACCUGCACUUCUCUACCUUCCAAGGAGAAACUAGUGCUGACAUUUCUUUCUACUUCAAGACGUUAAUCCCUCGGGGAGUAUUUCUGGAAAAUCUGGGGAACACAGACUUCAUCAAGCUGGAGCUGAAGUCUGCCACAGAAGUGUCCUUUUCAUUUGAUGUUGGAAACGGGCCAGUGGAGAUUGUGGUGAGGUCGCCUUCCCCUCUCAAUGAUGACCAGUGGCAUCGGGUCACCGCAGAGAGGAAUGUCAAACAGGCCAGUCUCCAGGUGGAUCGCCUGCCCCAGCAGAUCCGCAAGGCCCCGACGGAAGGUCACACCCGCCUGGAACUCUACAGCCAGCUGUUUGUGGGUGGUGCUGGGGGCCAGCAAGGCUUCCUGGGCUGCAUCCGCUCCUUGAGAAUGAAUGGAGUGACACUUGACUUGGAAGAAAGGGCAAAGGUCACAUCUGGAUUCAAAUCUGGCUGCUCAGGCCACUGCACCAGCUAUGGGGCUAACUGUGAAAAUGGAGGCAAAUGCAUCGAGAAAUACCAUGGCUACUCCUGCGACUGCUCUAACACAGCCUACGAUGGGACAUUCUGCAACAAAGAUGUUGGCGCCUUUUUUGAAGAGGGCAUGUGGCUGCGCUAUAACUUCCAGGCCCCGGUGGUCACUGCCAGAGACACAGGCAGCAGGGCCGAGAAUUCUGCAGAGCAGCCGCCCUUGUCUCCAGACCUGGCUCAGGAGCAGAUCCACUUCAGCUUCAGCACCAACAAGGCGCCCUGCAUCCUCCUCUACGUCAGCUCCCUCACCACUGACUUCCUGGCUGUGCUGGUCAAGCCCACAGGAAACUUGCAGAUCCGGUACAACCUGGGAGGAACCAGAGAGCCAUACAAUAUCGACGUAGACCACAGGAACAUGGCCAAUGGACAGCCCCACAGUGUCAACAUCACUCGGCAUGAGAAGACCAUAAUUCUCAAGCUCGACCAUUAUCCUUCUGCGAGUUACCAUCUGCCCAGCUCCUCUGACACGUUCUUCAAUUCUCCCAAGUCGCUCUUUCUUGGAAAAGUUAUAGAAACGGGAAAAAUCGACCAAGAAAUUCACAAAUACAACACCCCAGGCUUCACAGGCUGCCUGUCCAGAGUCCAGUUCAACCACAUCGCACCUCUCAAGGCAGCCUUGAGACAGACAAACGCCUCGGCCCACGUGCACAUCCAGGGCGAGCUGGUGGAGUCCAACUGUGGGGCCUCCCCACUGACACUUUCCCCCAUGUCUUCGGCCACUGACCCUUGGCACCUAGAUCACUUGGAUUCAGCCAGUGCAGAUUUCCCAUAUAACCCAGGACAAGGCCAAGCUAUAAGAAAUGGAGUCAACAGAAACUCGGCUAUCAUUGGAGGGGUCAUCGCUGUGGUGAUUUUCACCAUCCUCUGCACCCUGGUAUUCCUCAUCCGGUACAUGUUCCGUCACAAGGGCACCUACCACACCAACGAGGCCAAGGGAGCCGAGUCCGCCGAGAGCGCAGAUGCUGCCAUCAUGAACAACGACCCCAACUUCACAGAGACCAUUGACGAGAGCAAAAAGGAAUGGCUCAUUUGAGGGGUGGCACUUUAGCCACGGGAUAGGGAGGGGGGAGUCAAGGGAGGAGGGGGAGGGACAAGAGCACCCUGUGUCAUACCCCUGAGCACACGCUUACAGUAUCAGCACAAGCUGGGGAAGGCAAGCAACCCAAUAUUCUUAAGACUGAUGGCCACAUAAAAAUAUACUUUUUAAUAUUUCUUUAUAGCUGACUUCCCCCUUCUGUAUCAAAACAAAAUAAUACGAAAAUGCUUUUAGAGUUUAAGCAACAGUUGGAAUUUGUAGGUAAUAUCUGUCUUAUUUUGUGUGUGUUUAGAGGUGUUCUAAAAACCCGUGGUAACAGGGCAAGUUUUUUACAUUUUUAAGAGCCCUUAGAAUGUGGAUAUUUUUUUCUCAAGAAAAACUGAUACACAUCCAUACAGCUUAUGACAUUCUCUUCCUUUCGCAUCUAGUCGACUUUUAAUGGGCUGUUGUAGCAACUAGUUUGUGUCCAAAUAAUAUUUCUUUUGGUGUCCCAUAAAACGGAAAUGAAAAAAAAAAAAUGGGCAAAGAGCCUAUUUGCCAGUCUUCAAAGACACCUCAAUCUAGACCAGUUUUCCGCCGGUUCUGUCUGUCAGCAGCCGGUGGAGGAAGAGUGAGUGGUUCCUGUCCUGCAGCAGUGUGACCGACACAAGUGGAGACGGCACCCGAGAAUCUGGCAAAGCAAGGCCUAUUGGGUUUAUUGCUCCUGUUUUCCGUUGGCUUCUACAUGAAGGUGUUCCAUGGAUGUAGUCUUAGACCUACUUAAUAUCUGUAACUAUCAGCUAUAAAACCAUGGUGAGCAACUGUUAUGGGACUUCUCUGUUUUACCUUCAACAGAUCGGAUUGUAUGUGUCUACGCGUAGCCUCAGUGGGGAGUUAGAGCCAGAGGAAAUGUCUUCUUUGCUGUUUCUUUUCUAUUUAUAACAAAAACAUGGACACUUUCUAGUGAAUGCAUAAAUUAGUGUGCUUUUUUGCUUUUUUUUUUUUUUUUUUUUGCUCUAAACUUCAAGUUUUUACACCGCUGUGAUAAAAUCCUAGCAGAUAGCACCCUCUGGAUUGCACAAUACAAUAAAGCCAAGUGACAGCAGCCGUUACUUUGGAAUCAUGCGGGAAACACUGCCAUGUUUUAAACCAACUCAAUUGCAGAAACACUAUCAUGAUACAGAGUCUGAAGUCGCCACCAACUUGAUCGUCAAUUAUCACUUUUCUUCGAGAAUACAAUUGUCUAGUGAAUUAUACAUCUUAGGGUUAUCAGGAAUCUUGGGCAAUUUGCUCCAAAAAUAACUGCUUGAUUUUAUGUAAAACAAAAAAAAAAUAGACUUUGUGUAAGUAAUUGGGAGCAAUUCUUCCUAUUAGAGCAUCCAAAAAGAAUUUAACUAAUUUAUUUUUUUAAUUACACAAAAGUUGUUUCUUGGAUGGUUACCAUUUAUAAUUGUAAUAUGUCGGGCCUCUUAUACUUAAAAACCUCUUUUUAAAAAUUUUGUAGGCUCCAACACUUUGAGGAAUUAAACAUGAUAAUUCUUUUUUUCUGCUCUUAGAAGGACAAUGAGCUUAAAGUGGUAUAGAUGCUGUUCUUCUGAUGGUCUGUCUCAGUGAGCUACAUGUUCUAGUUAGUUAGGACUUUAUGCACACUCUUUCAAGGUUCUCCAAAUACUUAAAUUACCAGAGAAUCUUAAUUUCUUGAGUAAUGGAAAAACCUUAUCCCAAGCUGUUUAUUGCUCCAACUUACAAUGCACUCCAAAAGGAGGUAAGAAAUGAGUUCAUUCUUCCUCAAAUCAAGGAGUCAGAAUAAAAGGAACCCCAGACCUCUUUUAAUUGCAGGCAGACCUCAAACCGGUCCAUGAACAACACCCUUAAUUGUUAAGUCUUGCUUGUUCUUUUAUAAAACAUAUUAAAUGGAAAAGUAUUUAAUAGGAUAAAAUGUCAGAACAAUGUUAACAUUUACAUUUGAGAGCAAAGGUCAUUUUAUUUCAUCAAGAUACCUGACCAUGAAGCAUUCUUUUUCAUAUUUUCAUAUUUACCAUUAUGGCUUAGAAGUGUUUCUGAUUUUUUAAAAAACUUAUUUUACAGGUAUUACUUUUGUACUUAACAAAUAAUGCCAAAUGGAAAUUUAGUCUUUCUGGCAUUUCUGAAGAUAGCUAUGUUCCUUAUGCAUUAUCUCAGCACUUUUCUCCCCCAAAUGGUUAGCAAGCCAAACCAUCAGGACAGUCUCCAGAAUUAAAGAGUUCCCAUCCAGCCCUUCUCUUCACUCCUUCCUUCCCUUGCUCUUGCCACAAAAGGCAAACACGAAGGUCCAGCCCGUCUCACAUAUCAGCAAAGCUGGGGUGUUGAGUGACAUCCUUAUCAGUUAAGACACACGGAGAUUGCUGACACAGUCUCUCCUAACUUCAGUAUGGCUGGCAGACAGGACAUACAAAGGUGGGUGAAGUAGUAACUAACUUGAUUAGUUCCUAAAUGAGUCCUAAAUGACCUCUUCUUGGCAUCAACGUCCUUAACCAAAGUCCCCACACCUGUGUAUGACAGAUAUAGCCAGUAUGUUCUGAAUGGCAAAUAAUCACUUGUCUGAAGAAAAAGAAGCAAUCUUCUGUUCCAGUUCCCUCCCUUGACAGUUUGGCAUGCCACUGCUUCAAUAGUCAUAAUAUAACCCGAAUUUGCCUAACCCUAGACUGCCUUUCAUGCCCACUACCAUCUCAGUGUUUUAUAUCCAAUACAUUAGCAACCAAGCAUAGACUAAUGGAAGCUCCUUUAAGCAAUAAGACUAUAUAAACCAAACAAAACCCAAGACACUGUGCCAAAGGAAUAAGACACACUGGUGCAUGCCUAUAAUCCCAGCAUUUGAGAGACUGGGGCAGGAGGAUAAUGUGUUCAAGGUCAGCCUGGGCUACACAGCAAGUUCUGGCUAGCCUGAGCUGCCUAGUGAAACUAUUCUCCAAAAAGAAAAAAAAAGUUCUAAAUAAAUAAAUGAAGCUUCAAAGAA